UAAACGCAAUUCUAAUUAUUAAAUCAGUUCUUGCUUCAGUACGAACAAGUAGCAACAUGUUUGUGUUUCAUGUUUUAUUUUCAUUAUUUUUGCUGUACUUUGUCGGAUCAGAAGCAUCACUGCAAUGGCCACAAGCAUAUCAUUUUAAAGCAAUUCUAAAAAUACCGUCAGCGAAUCUGAUAGAACCUUAUGAGGUUUGGUCAAAUGGCGUUGAGGGGCAUCAAAGAUUUGACUUUUACAUGGGAAUGUCUAAAAUGUAUAAGAAACGACACGGAAAAGUUGAUAAUGUCAUCCAGUUCCAAUACUAUUGGGUAACCCCCGACUCGACAACUGUGAAUGAAAACGAUGUAGUUUGUCGCCAGCUAAGCCAAAACUCUAAUGAAGUGAAGCGACUAACAUAUUAUUCGCCGCCUUCUACGCGCUAUUAUAAGGAAACAGGUCCUGACGUAAAUCAUACCACAAAAUGGGAGUAUGAGUCCACACAGCCGCAAUAUGGUGCCGUUUUCAAAUACGCCCUCUGGACGACUGGAAACACCAAUGAUUCCAAUGAAUGGGUACCUGUGAGAUACGAGUACAGAAUGUUCUACAUAGGGAAGGAAAUCGAUUUUAUUCAGCAUACAUAUGAAUACUUCGAUCGGUCCAAACCAGACGCCGAUGUCUAUAAAAUCCCACGCAAUUUUCGGUGCAAUUCUCCCUUUUCAAUAAACAACGAAAGAGACGAUGAAAUCCGAUUAGACCUGGAAAGCCCUAUUUUUGAACAAAACACGAUGGAAUUAUUUGAAAGGUUCAAGUUUUCACAUAAUAGGCAAUACAAAAACAACGAGGAACACUUUAUGAGGCUAUCUAUGUUCCUAAAAAAUAUCAGAUACAUACAGUCUGUCAACAACCAACAAGGAUCCUACAAACUGGCUAUCAACCAAUUUGCAGACUUGACAGAAGAAGAGUUAUCAUUACUAUCCGGUACUAAAGUCAAACCGGAACUUGGCAAUAUGACACAUAGCUUUUUAGACAAUGAUAAGGACAGUAAAGACUUUGAUUGGAGAUCGUAUGGUGCAGUGACGCCAGUUAAAGAUCAGACAGUUUUAUGCGGGAGUUGCUACGCGUUUACAGUAUCUGCAGCAGUCGAAUCUGCAGCAUACAUCAGUAAAGGCUGUAACGACUUGGUAGAAGCCAGCGAACAAGCCAUCAUUGACUGUUCUAAGGGUAACAAUGGAAAUGGCAACCAGGGAUGCAAUGGUGGAUUUUUGAGCUCUAGCCUAAAAUGGGUUAAAAAGAAUGGCAUCCCCUUAAGGAAAGAUUAUGGUCCGUAUUUGGCUAUGGAGGGGUAUUGUCAUUUGAAACAAACUCAAUUGAUGCAUAUAAACAAUUACGAAAGAUUAUCAAACGAUGUCAAGGCCAUAAAGGCCGCUCUUCGCCAGCACGGGCCUCUGGCGACCGUGAUGCAUGUCCCUGGGUCGUUGUUUUACUAUCGUUCCGGAGUGUACAAUGAUCAGACUUGUUUAUCAACCCCUGGAAGUCAAACACACGCCGUGCUCAUCGUAGGCUACGGUAAAGAAAACGGGAAAAGGUACUGGCAGAUGAAAAACUCAUGGGGCCCUAAAUGGGGAGAGGAGGGCUACUUCAAACUAGAUAUGGAGAAGAAUUUGUGUGGCAUCACGAAUCUGGUGUACGCUGUUGUUGAUCCGAAUUCACUUAGAAAAAACUGUAAGAAAGGUAGCUUGGAAAUUUAGUUUAAAAGAGUUAUUAAAAAAAUUAAAAUUAAAUUAAAAUUAAAAAUUGUUUAUUCAGUUUCAGUAAUCUUUUACAAUGUACAAAGGUCGGUGUCUCUUUUUAACCGCCUUCCAAAUCUCAAAGGAAGGGGUUCUCAAUUCGUCUGUAUUUUUUUUUGUUUUUUUUUAUUUUUUUUAAUGUUUGUUCCUCGAUAUCUCCGUCGUUACUGGACCG